GCCCGGCAGAGCGGUGCACGAUGAGCACGAAGCAGGUGACGUGCAGGUACUACUUGCAGGGCGUGUGUCGGGAGGGAAGCAAGUGCCUGUUCUCCCAUGAUUUGGCCACCAGCAAAUCCUCCACCAUCUGCAAGUACUACCAGAAGGGGCAGUGUGCCUACGGCGCCCGCUGCAGGUAUGACCACGUGAGGCUCCCUCCGGCGGGCGGAGCCGCGGCCCCGCCGCCCCCCGCGGCCCCGGGCAGCCCCCGGGCGCCCCCCGAGCACGGCCCCGCCGCCCCGCGCAGCCGGAGGGAGAAGAGGACGCUGGUGCUCCGGGACAGGGAUCUAUGCGGCUCCAGCGAGGAGAAGCAGCGGGCUGGCGCCCCCAGCGGCCCUGGGGCUGUUGUGUGCUGCGGCGAGCCCGGGGACAGCGAGGAGGGCAAGCCCCACUCGUACCUGGAGGCCAUCUGCAGCGGGCUGGAGGAGCCGGGCGCCGGCGCCACCGAGCAGCUGUGUCCCUACGCCGCCGCCGGCGCCUGCCACUUCGGGGAGCGCUGCCUGUACCUGCACGGGGAGCUCUGCGAGAUCUGCGGCCUCCAGGUGCUGCACCCCUUCGACCAGGAGCAGAGGAAGGCCCACGAGAUGAUGUGCAUGGCAACGUUUGAGCACGACAUGGAGAGGGCCUUUGCCAUCCAGGCCAGCCAGGACAAGGUGUGCAGCAUCUGCAUGGAGGUGGUGUAUGAGAAGCCCUCAGCCUCGGAGAGGAGGUUUGGGAUCCUGUCCAACUGCACCCACACGUACUGCCUGUCCUGCAUCCGCCAGUGGAGAUGUGCCAAGCAGUUCGAGAACCCCAUCAUCAAGUCCUGCCCUGAGUGCCGGGUGAUCUCCGAGUUUGUCAUCCCCAGCGUGUACUGGGUGGAAGAGCAGGAGAAGAAAAAUGAGCUGAUUGAAGCAUUUAAGCAGGGAGUGGGGAAAAAGCCCUGCAAGUACUUCGAGCAGGGGAAGGGAACGUGUCCCUUUGGAGGGAAGUGUCUUUACCUCCACGCUUACCCCGACGGGACCCGAGCUGAGCCUGAGAAGCCGCGGAAGCAGCUCAGCUCCGAGGGCACUGUGCGGUUCUUCAACUCCGUGCGCCUGUGGGACUUCAUCGAGGACAGGGAGAGCAGGAGCGCGCCCGGCGCCGACAGCGAGGUCACGGAGCUGGGGGAGCUGUUCAUGCACCUCUCUGGGGCUGAGGAGGAUCCCACUGCAGCCCAGUGAGCACACACAGCCCCUCUGAGCCCAGCAGUGCUGCUAUUUAUUAGCCAUGCUUUUAUUCCCUCCAGCACACGUAGAACAAAACGUGCCCUGGUGGUUACUCGUGCAGUCCUGGUAAAGUUUUCAGAUAGUUUUUAUAUGGCAACAAAAAAAAAAAAAAAA